AUGAGGCGCACUAUAUUCCGUGACAUCAACCAGCAUGCUGCUGUCGAGCCACAACCCCCCAUGGCACGCAUCAACCAGCAUGCUGCUGUCAUGCUGCAGGGCCGCCUGCUCCGUAAGUCCCUUGCUUCCGUGCUCUGCAGGAUUGUGGCACUCACUGCGGCCACUGGUGCCACUUGCCCCAUCUUACUUGGCUCCUGCUUGGGCCACAACACACCUCACUUCCCUGCCGCCCUGCACUGCUGCUCUGCUCCUCCCCUUCUCGCUCACCUGCCUCUCACCCCCGCCCUCCUCUCUUCCCUUGUGUCUCCCGUGUCCCUCAUGGCCCCUCAUGCCUGUCAUCUCUCAUUCCAUGCCCACCCGGCCCCAUGUGCGUGUCAUGCUCCAUGCGCACCUCCCCUGGGUGGUGCGCAUGCAGAGGAGGACGUGGCGGACACCAGGGAGCUCGCCACUGCUGUCGCCGAGGCCACGGCCCUCCACGCUGCAAGCAUGGGAGGGGAGCAGGGGGCGGAGGAGGAGUGGCGGAGGGAGAGGGCGCGCGAGAUGGCCGUGCUGGCCGACCUCCGAGGGGACGCCCCUCCCACCACCAUCCCCCUCACCAUCCAGGCACAUGCUCACUUGCUCCCACCAACCUCGCUCACUCCCACCACUCUCACCACUAUCCCCACCCACCUUCACUUCCCCGCUUUUCCUGGUUCUGUUCACCUAUUAAACCUUUGCACUCACGUCUGCACCUACACCCCCCUCCGUUCAUCCGCUCCUCUCCACCCAUCUGCACCACCCUUCCCUACCCGUCCGCGACAGGACCCACGCAAGUACUUUGAUGCCGCCACACAGAGGGACACAGUGCACACUCAGCAGAGGGACACAGUGCACACUCAGCAGAAAGCGGGGCAGGCAGCUGUGCCGCAUGCAAUGGAUUUGGAUGGCCCUGGACCCGCCACUGAGUCAACGCCAGCUGGCACGCAUGCCACGCUGGCAGCCUCGCUGGCAGCGUUUGGGAGUGAGCUGGCAGGGGGGGGGAGCGGAGGCAGCAGCAGGGAGCACAGGAAACGGGGUGGGGGAGGCAAGGGAGGGGCGACUGUGAUGGCACCUGCCGCUGCUGCUCAGGAGGUGGAGGAGUUUGGGCGGCAGGUGGCGGUGGCACGGCGGGGAGUGGGGGAGGCUGCGGAGCAGUCACUGCUGAAGCAGCUGCCUGACGCCCUGCGCACCUCCGUGCUUGCGGUGGGUUGGGUUGCAUGCUGCCCCUUCAUGGCCCCACCGCCUCUUGCGCUGGCCACUUCCUUGCUGCGUGCACAUGGAGAGGCAGUGAAGGAGCUGCUGUCGCACUUCUGGGCCACCUACCCGCUCACCAGCGCUGCUCUGCUUGCCAAGGCGGAGCGGCACAAGGAGGGCAUCAGCAAGCUGUACGACCGCCUGCAGGUCACUCACGCCCUCAUUGCUCACUUCCUGCUGCAGUUGCAUGCAGAAGCUCAAGGACGGAGCGGACGGGGCCAACCGGCAUCUCCUUUCACAGCUGCUACAGCCCUUCUUCCAGGUGCACUUGCUGCUACAGCCCUUUUUCCAGGUGCACUUGCUGCUACAGCCCUUUUUCCAGGUGCACUUGCUGCUACAGCCCUUCUUACAUUGGAAGGACAGGCGGGUACACUGAGCAAGUGUGCAGCAAAAACGGUGGACACUGGGGUGCAUUGGAUGAGACGCACCACUCAAGCUGCCUGCCUUCUCUUGACUAUCCGUGCCUCGCUCCUGUCACGUCUCCCCUUCAUCCCUUUCCCUCUCUUCCCCUCCCACCACCACCACCUCACCCUGCGGGUGGCUCCACCCCACCCCACGGCACUGCACGGCGCGCACCAGAGUCUGGAUGCGGCGUUGGCGCACUUUGAGGCGGACACCUGCUGGCGACACGACAGCUGCCUCCGCCCAACCUCCCUCUAA